AUGUACAAUAAGGAAAAGAAAGCCUUUUACAAGAAAGCUAUGCCUAUCAUAGCAACCUUGCUCUUAAUUCUUGCUGGUAUUAUGGAAAUUCUGUAUAGAGCGCUUAAUUUUGGGAAAAUCUCUAAUGUAACAUCAGGAAUUAAUUGGGGGGUAUUUUGCAUUUUCAUUAUCCUUUCGAUUAUUAUCCGCAAGAAACACAUGAUUUGGUCAUCAUGGCUUUGUUAAUUUAUUAGAUUAAUGGUUGCUUUUACUUCAACAUUUUUCCUUUUAAUUGUUUUCAAUGAGCAAUGGUGCAUUUCAACUAUAGUUUUCACUCCAUGCGUGGUUGUCUUCUUUGUUAGGGUUGGAUAUGAAUACUUGGAGCAAGAUGUCUAUGAAGUUGUAGUCGAGUCAAUCUACUGCGUAUUUAUCUAUGCAUUAAUAGCUUUUAUAACCGAGAUCAGAGCUAAGCAAGCUUUUCUAGGAAAAGAACAAUCUGAUAAAGUAGCUACUAAAUGGCUUAAAAUUUUUGAAACAUUUCCGGAAGGGAUCGCUCUCAUUAGAAAUAAUUACAUUCUUUAUGCAAACCAGUCAUUAAGAUACAUUUUAGAGUUGUAACAGCAGCAAGUCAAACAAGAUAAGAGUCACGAUGAGCUUAAAAGAUAACUGAUAGAAACUAAGAUUAUUCCAUAUACAAGCAAGAAAGAGUAGGCUUACAAUCAGUCUAAAUCAUCUACCGUGUGGUAAUUCUUAGCUAAAAAUGAGAAAGGAACUAUAUUUGAGCUCCCUUCAAGAUCAAGUAAAUAUGAUGAACAAGCGUCCACUAAUACUAAAUAUAUCACACUUAAUUAAGUGAAUGUGAAUCUUUCAGGUAGCAGAGAUAAAUUAUUUGUGAUCAGAGAUGUAUCGCAUAUUGUUUAUGUCGAACAGAUAAUGGAGGUGAAAUAGGAGAUGUCUAAGUUUACUGACAACUUAAUGAAAUAAAUCUAAUCAUAUGCUGAGUUCGCAUCAAAUAGUAUGAACAAACUAGACUAGCAUGUUGACUUUAAUGGAAAGCCUAUAGCAGAAGAGUCAUAUAAUGAAAUUAAUAAGAUGCUGUUUAGAAUUAAAGAUUUUCAGACUGUGUACAACAUCUCAGAGAAUAAAUUCAGAUUCAAGGAGUAAGAAUUCGAUGUGGUUAAAACAAUUGAAGAGGUUAUAGAAAUAGCCAGAAGUGAAAUUUAAAAGAAAAACAUUGACUUUACUAUAAAUCACGGAAGUGAUGUACCAUAAACAGCAAGAGGUGAUCAAACUAAAUUUAAGCAAAUACUUUUAAAUCUUAUCCUCUAAACCUUAUCUGGCACUUACAAAGGAUAGUUAAAGCUUAAAACAGAGAGUGUUACUUAUGAUACUAUCCCUCAUCUCAGGGUUGAAAUUGAAAACUAUAAACCACCAGUUGGAACUACAAAAGGAUAAAGUAAAAUGAAUAAAAUUGUUUCUGAAAAUGAAUUUAGAAAUAUCAUUGGAUACAAAGUUGAUAUUAAUAUGAAAAUUGCAAAAAUCAUUUCAAAUGAACUUAAUUGGAAAAUUGAAUACAAUCAUUCUAAGUCAGAAAAGCUUUGUUUAGUCCUUCCAAUCUCAGGUACUUACGAAAGUAAAAAUCCUUAGGAAAGAUCGGAAAAGCGUGAAAGAGAAGAAACAAAGUAUGAAACUAACGGCCAAUUUUUGAGUGCUAGAACUAAAGAAGAGGUCUAAACUCAAAUCAAUAAUACUCCAUAAGGGCCACCUCCAGUUAAUAAUGCUUCAUACAUUUCAAAUAACAAGUUAGUGCAUUCAGUAAGAGAGGAAGAUGAAGAAGAUGAGGACAUUAAUCUUUAGGAAGAGGUUAGCUUAUCAAAGAUUUAAGAAAAAUAUCCACUAAAGGAGAAGAGUACUUGCUGCAGUGAGAUUCUCUUAUUGAGUUUAUCAGAUCUUUUGCCUUUACUUGAGAGCCAAAUUGGCUUUAAAUGUGAUGAAGCUUUUCUUGAGGAUUCAGCUCUAAGACUCCUGAAAUCCUCUUUUAGAAAAAAUAAUUGCUAAUGCUCAUCUUAUAGAUACAUAUUUAUUGACUUGGAUGAUCCCACUAUCAUGAUACAAAGAUUCAUGAACAGUGUAAAUUCACUUGUUAGUGAUAACAAAAAGCCUAAGAUUCCAAUGAUUGCCUUCUCUAACAGGGAUAAUGACAAAACCAAGUAGUAAUGUGAAAAGCUAGGAAUUAAACUUAUUAAGAAACCAGUUGUUAUCGAUUCAUUAAGAUAUCUUGUUGAGUGA